AAUAAAAUGAAUAAUUCUAACCCAAUGAAUAAUAAUAAUAAUAAUAUGUAUAAUUUUAACGAUUUUACAAAUAGUAUGAAUCAAACUAAUGUUAUUAAUAAUAAUAAAAAGAAAAAAGCUUUAACUACAGAUGAUUAUUUUGUUAAAUAUGAUGAAAAUCAAAAAGUUACAGAACAAACAAAAUUAAAUCAUCAUAAUGAAGAUAAUUUAAAUGAUACGAUAACUGUUUAUUUGAAUUCUAAUCAAGAAGAUUAUUUAUAUGAAAGCAAAAAUAAUUUUACAUCUAUCAGAUCAGAACAUAUUUCUUCAAUGGUCGAUAUAAAAAAGGCAUCUAUAUUAAACAGUAGUAAUAUUCUAACAAAUGAUAAUAAUACAAAUAAUAAUACAAAUAAUAAUAUUCAUAGUAAUAUUCAUAAUAAUAGUGUAUGUACAGGAAUGAAAUU